CCGUGACCUCUGACACAAGAUGGCGGCGCCCAGAGCCGUCGGUCUUGCUGUUGACCCGACUGAACGAAGGUAGUGAACCCCGCAUCAUGUCGAAGCUCAUCCGGGCCACUCGGGCGGCCAAGAAACCCGAGGUCGGCGGCGUGAUCCGGACCAUCGUGCGAGCGGGCCAGGCCAUGCCGGGGCCCCCUCUAGGGCCGGUCCUGGGUCAGCGAGGCGUCUCCAUCAACCAGUUCUGCAAGGAGUUCAACGAGAAGACGAAGGACAUCAAAGAAGGCAUCCCUUUGCCCACCAAGAUCUUCGUGAAGCCCGACAGGACGUUUGAAAUCAAGAUAGGACAACCCACUGUCACCUACUUCCUGAAGGCAGCUGCUGGGAUUGAAAAAGGGGCCCGGCAGACAGGGAAGGAGGUGGCAGGCCUGGUGACCUUGAAGCACGUGUAUGAGAUUGCUUGUGUCAAAGCUCAGGACGAUGCCUUCGUCCUGCGGGACAUGCCCCUGUCCUCUGUUGUCCGCUCCAUCAUCGGCUCUGCCCGCUCCCUGGGCAUUCGUGUGGUGAAGAACCUCAGUUCGGAAGAGCUGGCAGCUUUCCAGAAGGAGCGAGCCAUAUUCUUGGAGGCUCAGAAAGAGGCCGAUUUAGCGGCUCAGGCAGAAGCUGCCGCUGCCAAGAAGUGACCCCUGUCCUGCACACUCCAGAAUUUUGAAGGGAGCAGCUGGGAAGGCUGUGCCAAAGGGGAGAAGGGGAGAUGACACCCACCUGAUUAUUAUUGCCCCGACUUAGAUUAUAUAUUUUUACACGUAUGGAUGUAUCAGGGGAUUCAGCCUAAAUAAACAUCUUUUGUCACCCUC